CCAACACUUAUUUACAUUUGCACAAUAGACGUGUUUUGCAAACAAAAGUCAGUUCGUCAAUACUUUUUUAUUAGUUUAGUUAGUUGCUUCUUUUGGCAACUUAUAAACAAAACACACCGGAAAAACAUGAAGUAAGCCAUUUGUUUGUUGCAACGAGCGUAUGCAGACGUUGCGAACGAGAGAGUAGUGCCAACACUUUAGUACCCAGCAGAUCAGCCGUCCGUCGAACCGACAACCUGACCAGCAACAGCAACAGAAAUCUCGAUUGCCACUGCUGGAGUUUCGUGCAUUGUAAUCAAAACAAAAACAAGCCGUUAACAGCGUAUGGAGCUCAUUCUCGAUUUGACCAAGCAACAGUGGUAAUCGACAAAAUAGCGCGCAACAUCACGAAUCGAAUGAACCGCACCAAUAACGUUACGUUACAUAGUAGUCGCGCUUUCCGUGGUCAUUAAUAAUACGUACAUACAUUUAGUAACAACAACCACAAUAUUAGCAUAUUCAUUAGUGGCGUUAGCAAGAAUAGAAAAUCUUGUAUAAAGAUGGGAUUGAGAUUCCAACAAUUGAAGAAGUUAUGGCUGCUCUACCUGUUUCUGUUGUUCUUCGCAUUCUUCAUGUUUGCACUAAGUAUCAAUCUAUAUGUGUCCAGUAUUCAAGGAUUUGAUCAGGACAGGGUCCAUCCAAAGCCGCAACCUCACCGCCGCUCACUCUGGCAUGCGAAAAACAUAGUGGCACACUACAUUGGCAAAGGCGAUAUUUUCGGCAACAUGACCGCAGAUGACUACAACGUCAAUCUAUUCAAUCCCAUCGAUGGCGAAGGUGCUGAGGGGCGACCAGUUGUGGUGCCUGCGCGCGAAAGCUUCCGCAUGCAACGAUUUUUCAGGCUAAAUAGCUUUAAUAUACUGGCUAGUGACCGCAUACCCUUGAAUCGUACGUUGAAAGAUUACAGAAUAAAGGAGUGUCGCGACAAAAAAUAUGACAACAAUGAACUACCUACAACAUCGGUGAUUAUCGUUUUUCAUAAUGAGGCUUGGUCGGUGCUAUUGCGCACAAUAACCAGUGUUAUCAACCGGUCACCGCGCAAACUACUUAAAGAAAUCAUAUUAGUCGAUGAUGCGAGCGAUCGUUCUUACUUGAAGAAGCAACUGGAAGCCUACCUAAAAGUGCUCACUGUGCCAACGCGCUUGUUGCGCAUGCAGAAACGCGGCGGAUUAGUGCCGGCUCGCUUGAUGGGCGCCGAUCAUGCUAAGGGCGAUGUGUUGACCUUUUUGGAUGCACACUGCGAGUGUUCGCGCGGAUGGCUGGAGCCAUUGCUGCGGCGUGUGCAGGAGUCACGCAGUACUGUUGUCGCCCCAGUUAUUGAUAUCAUUUCUGAUGAUAAUUUUAGUUAUACCAAAACAUAUGAAAAUCAUUGGGGUGCAUUUAAUUGGCAAUUGAGUUUUCGUUGGUACAGCAACAAGCGUAGCAUAGCGCCACGAAAUGGUGAUCCCACACAGCCGAUUGCCUCACCGGUAAUGGCUGGGGGACUGUUCGCCAUAGACAAGCGAUAUUUCUUCGAAAUUGGCACAUACGAUAAGGAAAUGAAGAUUUGGGGCGCUGAAAACAUUGAGAUGUCCUUCCGGGUGUGGCAGUGCGGCGGUCGUGUUGAAAUCCUACCCUGCUCACAUGUAGGUCACGUUUUCCGCAGCACCACCCCAUACACUUUCCCGGGGGGGAUGAGUGAAGUGUUGGGCAACAAUUUAGCGCGCGCUGCCAUGACUUGGAUGGACGAUUGGCAAUAUUUCGUACUACUCUAUACAUCCGACCUUUCGUUGGAGACGCGUGAACACAUCGAUGUUAGCGAUCGACUGUCACUGCGCGAGAAACUGAAAUGUAAAUCGUUUUCCUGGUAUUUGGAGCACAUCUGGCCGGAACAUUUCUUCCCUGCACCCGAUCGCUUCUUCGGCAAAAUCAUAUGGUUAGAUGGUGAGACGGAGUGUGCCCAGGCAUACACGAACCACAUGAAAAAUAUACCGGGAAAUCGAUUGUCACGCGAAUGGCCACGCAUUUUCAGUGAGAUUGACAGCAAUAGUAAACAAUUUAUGUCGCUACUCGAUUUGGAUCGCGACAAGUGCUUACGACCGCUGGAAAAGGAUGUGCCACGUACGUCAAUGCAAUCGAUCACCGUUGGCGAUUGUAAUGCGCAUGCCAAGUCAAUGGACAUGUUUGUUAUUACACCAAAGGGGCAGAUUAUGACCAAUGACAACGUGUGCCUGACAUACAGUGAGCCGAAAUUAGGGGUCAUACAGCAGUUAAAGAGUCGAAAUUUAACAACAAAUGUGCAGCUGACACAAUGUCUAGACAAGCCACAGCAGUAUUGGAAUUACGACAUGGAUACUCAGCAUAUAUCGCAUCGACAAUCAAAACUUUGCCUCACACUGAAGGCAGCCAAAAUGCCACGUACCCAAAAAAUGGAGAAAAUCGUUGUUGCCAUUAAUUGUGAUUACAAAGACAUCACGCAGAAGUGGGGUCUUAUACCACUGCCAUGGAGAAUUUAAAAAACGCACAAAAAAAAAACAGACACACACAAACACACUCGGUCGCAAAAGAGAAA